UGGGCGUGCGGAGCUGGGGUCUGCUUGGAGAGGCUCUCUCGCUCUAGGCGCGUCCUUGGCUGUGGGGGCCGCGCGUGCAUCGGAAGAGGUUGCUUCGCCGGCCGGACAGGGAACAUCGUAAAAUGGAGGCUCCACCUGUUACUAUGAUGCCAGUCACUGGCGGUACCAUUAAUAUGAUGGAACACUUGCUUCAAGGUAGUGUUUUGGACCAAAGUCUGGAGAGUCUUCUUCAUCGUCUCCGUGGCCUGUGUGACAACAUGGAACCUGAGACUUUUGUAGAUCAUGAGAUGGUCUUCCUUCUCAAAGGCCAACAGGCCAGCCCAUUUGUUCUCCGCACACGACGCUCCAUGGAUAAACCUGGUGCUCCUUGGCACUUGCGGUAUCUUGGACAGCCGGAAAUGGGAGACAAAAACCGCCAUGCCUUGGUACGGAAUUGUGUUGAUAUUGCCACCUCAGACAACCUGACAGACUUCCUGGUAGAAAUGGGCUUCCGCAUGGAUCAUGAGUUUGUAGCCAAGGGGCAUGUGUUCCGCAAAGGCAUUAUGAAGAUUGUGGUGUACAAGAUCUUCCGCAUCCUCAUCCCAGGAAACACUGAAAACACAGAGCCUUUGUCUCUCUCCUAUCUUGUGGAGCUCAGCAUUGUAGCACCAGCAGGACAGGACAUGGUUUCUGAUGACAUGAGGAGUUUUGCUGAGCAGCUAAAGCCAUUAGUCCAUUUAGAGAAAAUUGAUCCUAAAAGAUUGAUGUGAGAUGGAUUGCAGCUGCAGCUGGAUCUUUCCUUUUACAAAGGUGGAAGGGUUUCAGAAGCUUCAGAAUUACGGAUGGACAAAAAUGUCUCGUAUCCUUCUAAAGAAAAAAAAAUUAGGAUAAUCUGGUUGCCUUACACUAAUUUGAAUGUAGAUUAUUUUCAAAUGAUUAACAAUAAAGAAGAUCAUUAUU